CCUUACACGUUUUCCACGUGUCCCGGGAACAACCAGAAACCCUGUGAAACAUCGAAAACAACACAUUUACAGUUCCCUGUGUGCAGAACGCGGAAGCGCUUCGUAAAGUCCGCCAGUGAGUCUGCGGGGGGAGGAAGACAUAAAGUGCCUUUAUGGGAGGGACGAGCGCAACAACAAGACAGCUACGAUUAACAGGUUGGCGUUAGUUAAGCCACUUCCUUUCCUCAGUAAGCGGACCAUCCAUCCUCCUCCACCCUUCAAUUAACUUGUUCACUUCGUGGGACCCGGAGGAGGAAUCUUCCGCCGGAGAGUUUCCUUUAGAGAUCUCGGGAGUGGACCUGCUUUUACUGCCGUCUCCUGAACCUUUUCGCCCAGCUCCUCGCCAUGUCUGCUCCUGUUUACCCAGGCUUUCACAGCAACGCACCCUACCCGAUGCCUCAGCCCGGCGGCCACCCCGGAGCCCCUUACCCGGGUCCUACGGGCGGAUACGGAGACCCCGGCCAAGCCCCUCCGGUCGGCUUCAACAUGGGCUACGAACAGGGCCAAGCUCCUGUCAUGUAUCAGCCGGGCCCGGUCGCGGCACCGGAGUACGGCGCCCCUCACGGCGCCCCUCACGGAGCCCCCCACGGAGGGAUCUCUCCGGCCCCGGUUGGGUCUCCAGCUGUGGUGCCUGUCGGGGUCCCACCGGGCCUCGAGUACCUCACACAGAUUGACCAGAUUCUGAUCCAUCAAAAAGUGGAACUCCUAGAGGCAUUCAUCGGGUUUGAGACCAACAACCAGUACGAGAUCAAGAACAGUCUGGGGCAAAAGAUCUACAAGGCCAAAGAGAAGAACGACUGCUGCACCAGGAACUGCUGCGGCUCGCUGCGCAGCUUCGACAUGAAGAUCAAGGACAACAUGGACCGGGAGGUCAUCCGUCUCAUACGGCCUUUCCGCUGCGUCUCCUGCUGGUGUCCCUGCUGCCUGCAAGAGAUGGAGGUCCAGUCACCGCCGGGCACCACCAUAGGCUACGUCAAACAGGACUGGCACCCUUUCCUGCCAAAUUUCUCCAUCCAGGGUCCGAACAAGGAGACGCUGCUGAAACUGGAGGGGCCUUGCUUUGCCUGCAACUGCUGCGGGGACGUCAACUUUGAGCUGAAAAGCAAGGACGGUGACAAGCCCAUUGGUCGGAUCAGCAAGCAGUGGAGCGGCCUUUUGAAGGAAGUCUUCACAGACACCGACAACUUUGGCAUCCAGUUCCCGCUGGAUUUGGAUGUGAAGAUAAAAGCUGUUCUCAUGGGAGCCUGCUUCCUCAUAGAUUUCAUGUUCUUUGAGAAGGUCGGGGAGGCCAACCAGCGCAGCACAGUGUUUUCCUAAGCGGAAAACAGCAAGAGACAACUACAACAUGGGAGCGAGUUCCAGUUAUGCAUUCUGUCUUCAUGUACUUUGUCGUUCCAUUUGUUAUUCUUCAAUUCCUUCCUUCACCUGAUUUCCGCCUAAAUGGUGCUAAUCCAUGGAUCAUUUUACACACGCAGACUAAAUGAACUCUUAAUUCCAGAUGCCUGCCAUGGAUUGCUUCUUUUUUUAAAUCUAUCCAAUCUCAGUAAAUGAGACCGGCUGCCACGUGUUCCUUACACUCAUGCAGUCUGUAGUUUGUCUUUUUGAUGUGGGUGAACUUUACCUCCAUCUUAAAUUCCUGAAAAAGAAAGUCAACCGUAUUUAUAUUUAUUGCCGAGGAUCUUUAGCCACGCUGAUUGUCGGCAUGGUAACCAUUCAACUUUUUGAACAUCUGCAUGGUGGUAUGCUGACAUUAGCAAUCAUCCCAAAGCGCCAAACACCGCCUGGUAGAGUUGUAGGUUGGCCGUAUGUGUUUAUGCUUAUUUAGGAUAAAUGGUAGUUAGGGGGAGAUCAUCUUUUGGUCAACAGUUACCAAAGCGCUCGUUCUACCGCUCAACUAUCUCUAUUUUUCCAGACCGUGUCUUCACAUUUUAGUGUACAUAUCGUCUAACAAUACUGUAGUACAGGCUACAGUGCAAAUGCUCUCAUGCUCCACCUGUGCUUUAGUGGUUACCACGGAAACUGGUGCCCUUUACUAACCUCCAUUUGCCGCUGCCUUUUUAACAUGUGACACUGCAAUAAGACGUGAGAGAUCUAGUGUAACCUGCGUAAAGGAGGACUGGAAAGCAGAAGCCGUGGUUGCUCCCCGUCAGUCAGUAGCGGGUAUUAGGACACACGUUGACUUUCUGUAAACGGGAAGAGACCCGAAUGUGAACUCAAAGUCGGCCUCGAAUCGUUGUACUUUAACCUGGAUUAUAAGAAACAUGUCAGGUUUGUGUUUGCGAAAUGCUCCGAGUGGCUCGCGGAGGCAGCGCUCUGCUUAUUGUAUUCAGUAAUCUCUCGUGAGACGACAUGGGUGUGUCUCCUGUGAGGUUGCUUGCUACUGGUGUUGUUCUAUGCAGCUCACAGCUCUCGCCGACGUCAGCAACUCUGUGUCUUUUAUAUAUUGUAUAUGCGACCAUUAACCUCUGUGCAGCUUGACCUCAGGCGGAAAGUGCGGCCAAAUGUUGUACAGCACGUUCAUUUGUUCAUUGUGUCAGUAUGAGGAUAAUCCACUGUUUUUUUCCUUUUAUUUUUUUAAUCAAUUAUAUCUGCUCCGUGUUCUGUGUCUAUCAAUUAAAAAAUACCCUGUACUUCAUGAAUAAAUAGAUGUAUACGAAUUCA